ACGCCAUCAGAGGUGUCCACUUAAUUUGAAGGGAUAGGUUGUGUAUUUUAAGCGUUUGGACUGCAACAAUGCAGCGUUCACGUCGUUGGAGGUAGACGGAGAACUGCAAACCGGAUGUCAUUGUUUUCAAUGAGAGUGGACGGUAAAUGUCGUUGAGGCUGGUAGUGAAUACCGUCAGCCGCCACGAUAGAUGGGACUUGCGGCCAAAUAGUUUUCUAAUGGAUGGUAUGACGGACUUCGCGUGUAUCGUCUGAACUCAGCAUAUAUCACAUGAUCAUUUAUGUGAGAGGAUAGACCAAUGAGGAGCAGCAGUGAGUUUUUGAAAGGUUGGCAUCAUGUCUCAGAAGCAGAUAUAUUACUCUGACAAAUAUGACGAUGAGAAAUUCGAGUAUAGGCACGUGAUGCUGCCCAAGGACAUUGCCAAGCGUGUGCCCAAGACCCAUCUGAUGUCAGAGACUGAGUGGAGGAACCUGGGCGUCCAGCAGAGUCAAGGCUGGAUACACUACAUGAUCCAUCAACCAGAGCCCCACAUCUUGCUUUUCCGUCGUCCUCUGCCUGCAGCCUGACCUCCGAGUGCACGAGAGAACACUCAUAGGGAAGAAGAUAAGAGUGGCUGGAGAUGGAUGAACACUUCAGUUGGAUGGAUACUAUACUAAAAUAUUAUUUUCCACAUGUGUAUCGUAUACAUUGCAGUGGAGCCAGAGUCAAGAGCUCCAACCCACCAUCCUCACUCACCGUAAAGCCUUUCACAUUUCCUAUGGACCUGCUUGGAACCCUUUCAUCCUUUUCUCUAUCUGUAUUUCUGUAAUCAUUCAAACUUUUGUAUUAGGACUAACUUGAUAAUGUUGUCAGGGUGUAUGUCUGAGAAGAAAAAUAAAAGCUGUGGUUGUGGCAACACUUGAAUUAUUCUAAACCUUACCUGCUGUGCGUUGACUAACAUGAUGCUAAUAUCUAUUUUAAGCUAUAUAGUAACUGUAAAAUGUAAGGGGGACAAUUUUGAAAGUGCAAAUGUGCAGGGAUUUUACCAAAAUGACUAUGAUCAAAUACCUGUUAUGGCACUUGAUUCAUCUUGUUUUGAAUACUGCAGAUUGUAUCAAGUGUAUGCACACCUACUCUGUACAAAUGAUAGUACUCUGGACAUGUUUUUUGUUUUAUCAAUUGUGACUUGCAAUUAUAAGUAACGCUGUUAACUGUCUGUAUUUUAGAGCUGUCAAAAUGGGGCCCAAGAUCUUCGUUGACAUGUCUAUUAUUGUACAAAUCAGCUGCUCAGUAUUUAUGAAUUAUUGUACCCUGAAAAUAAAUGUUUUUUUAAUUUGUAAUUCUCACA